UUCUCUAUCAGUGACUCUAAGAAAUCUUGGGGAAUUUUUGUUUAUAUGAGCACCAACUCAGUUGAAAGAGCUGCUUGGCUUCAGUUAGAGUCUGAUGUAAAUCAUUGGGGUGCUAGCUGGUUCAUUAUUGGUGAUUGGAAUGAUAUCAUAUCCAAUUCUGAGAAGAAAGGAGGCAAUAAGAGGUCAGAUGCCAGCUUGAGGGGUUUUAAAGACUUUAUAAACAGAAUGGCUAUGAUGGAAGUCAAGAUGGAGGGGUACAAAUACACCUGGUGCAACAAUAGAUCUUCGGAGGGGCUUGUAGAGGCUAAGCUAGACAGAGGCUUUGGCUCUAUUGACUGGCUAGCUGACUUCCCUACAGCCUCAAUAUCUAACAUAGCCAGGAGUGGGUCAGAUCACUCUCUCCUUCUUUUAAGUUCAGGUGUUCAAAAGGAAAGAGUCAACUCCAGAUUUCACUUCGAUAAAAGGUGGCUUUCCAGAGAAGGAAUUAAGGAAGUGGUUAAUGGAGCAUGGUCUAUCAAAAUUUUUUGGCAACAAAAAUCCAAAGCCAAAUGGAUCAAAGAGGGAGACCGCAAUACUAAAUUUUUUCAUGCCCUCACUCUCCACAGGAGAAGGCAGAAUGCUAUAACCAGGCUCAUUACUAACCAGCAAAGGGUUUGUUCAACUCAUAAGGAAAUUUCUGAUCACAUUUCCAGUUUUUAUGAUUCUCUAUUCUCUUUUGAAGGCUCCUGGGGUGGAGAAGCUAUUCUACCCCUUAUUCCAGUAUCCAUCACUGCAGCUAUGAAUCAAAGCCUUCUCAAACCAGUCUCUGAGCAAGAAAUGCAGUUGGCUCUUCUCAGUCUCAGUCCAGAGAAAUCUCCAGGGGAAGAUGGCAUGACGGCCCUGUUUUAUCAAUCCUUCUGGGACAUCAUUAAACUGGAUUUGACUGCUGCCAUUUCUAGCUUCUUUGAAGGUAAUGGUUCUCUCCUCAAAUACUGGAACCAUACAAUUCUCACCUUAAUCCCCAAAUGCCCUAACCCAGAAAUGCUCUCUCAAUAUAGACCUAUAAGUUUGUGUACUGUGGUCUACAAAAUUCUUUCUAAGUUGAUUGCUUUAAGACUCCAAAGCUGCCUGGACUCUUGCAUCAGCCACUCUCAGGCUGCAUUUCUUAAAGGAAGACAAAUUUUUGAUAAUAUUUUCAUAGGGCAAGAAGCUUUCCACUUCCUUAAUAGGCAUACAUCAGGAAAAAACCACUUCAUGGCACUCAAAUUAGACCUAAUGAAAGCCUUUGACAGA